CAAGCAAGAAAACAAGCCACAAUCCAUACAAAAUCCCAUCCCACUGUUCUUCUAGCUUAUAGACCAUUCUCUAUCGCAUCACAUUCCUUCAUUUAUAACCCCAAAUGGCAUCCAAUGAGAUUGCAUUCACCAAGCCGGAAUCCGACACAAACAAAGCAACCGUCGAGGCCCUUUAUAGGGCAUUGGCUCUCGGCGACUCCAACAAGGUGGCCAAGCUCUUGGCCAGCGAUCUCGAAUGGUGGUUCCACGGGCCGCCCGGUUGCCAGCACAUGAUGUGGGUGCUUACCGGGGAAUCGGACUACUCGGCCUUUCCAUUCCAUCCACGUACCACAAAGGCUAUAGGCGACGACUGCGUGAUCGCCGAGGGGUGGGAAGGGGCCCAGGCAUAUUGGGUCCAUGUUUGGACACUGAAGAACGGGCUGAUCACGCAGUUCCGAGAGUAUUUCAACACGUGGCUCACCGUGAGAGAGGUGUCGUCGCCAAGGUGGGAGGCGGCAGGGGCGAGCCAUACACUGUGGCAGAGCCAGCCAAGCGACCGUUUCGACCGGUCAUUGCCGGGGCUUUUGCUUGCAAUAUGAGGAGGGUCGUGCAUGAAUUCAGGUGGUUGGGAAUGAAAAUUUUGGGGUUGGCGUGUGUGUCCGUGUGUUCAAUAUGUUUGAUAAGAAAAUCAGGUCCACUAAUGUCAAGUUGGAGGAAAGUGGAAAGAGUUGUAGUCAACGAAGUGUCAAUUAUGUGAAUGUUCAGAUCGUCU